GGCACGCGGUAGCCCCUCACUUCCUGGUUGAAGAUGGCGGAUGAGAAUGAGACAGCACCGAUGCCGGAGAAAGAAGACGUAGAGGACCACGGACACUGCAGUGACUGUGAAAAUGAAGAGCACCACUUUGAAGAUGGUGACAGGGGUCUGGGUGACGACACUGGUGCCAAGAAGAAAAAAAAGAAGCAGAAAAAGAAGAAGAAAUCUGGUGCCACGGAAGGAGCUCAGGACCCCCUCGCUAAGGUGAAUUCAUUGCCAGUUGAUAAGCUACAGGAGAUCCAGAAGGCCAUUGAACUGUUCUCAGUAGGCCAGGGUCCUGCCAAAACCAUGGAGGAGGCCACUCGCAGGAGCUACCAGUUCUGGGACACACAGCCUGUGCCCAAGCUAGGGGAGACCGUCACAUCGCAUGGCUCCAUCGAACCUGACAAAGACCAAAUCCGUGAGGAGCCAUACAGCCUCCCACAGGGCUUCAGCUGGGACACCCUGGACUUGGGGGACCCUGUUGUGCUUAAGGAGCUUUACACCCUUCUCAAUGAGAAUUAUGUUGAAGAUGACGACAACAUGUUCAGAUUUGACUACUCCCCUGAGUUUCUGCUCUGGGCUCUGCGACCCCCGGGCUGGCUGCCUCCGUGGCAUUGUGGAGUGAGGGUUAACUCCAACCAGAAGCUGGUUGGCUUCAUCAGUGCUAUUCCUGCCAACAUCUCUAUCUACGAAGUAGAAAAGAAAAUGGUUGAGAUCAAUUUCCUCUGCGUCCACAAGAAGCUUCGCUCCAAACGAGUCGCUCCUGUUCUGAUCAGAGAAAUCACCAGACGGGUCAACCUGCAGGGUAUCUUUCAGGCUGUUUACACUGCUGGAGUGGUGCUGCCCAAACCUGUGAGCACAUGCAGGUACUGGCAUCGCUCUUUGAACCCACGCAAGCUAAUCGAGGUGAAGUUCUCCCACCUGAGCAGGAACAUGACUAUGCAGCGCACCAUGAAGUUGUACCGUCUCCCUGAUGCUCCCAAGACUUCCGGUCUGCGGACAAUGACUAAGAAGGACGUCCCGGUGGUGCAUCGUCUCCUGCGUGAGUACCUGAGCCAGUUCCACCUGGCGCCUGCCAUGACCCCUGAAGAGGUAGAACACUGGCUGCUUCCCCGGGAGAACAUCAUCGACACUUACCUGGUGGAUAAUGAUGGCAAGGUGACUGAUUUCCUCAGUUUCUACACACUGCCCUCCACCAUCAUGAACCACCCUGUGCACCGCAGUCUAAAGGCAGCAUACUCCUUCUACAACGUGCACACCACCACCCCGCUGCUCGACCUCAUGUCUGAUGCCCUCAUUCUGGCCAAAUCGAAAGGGUUUGAUGUCUUCAAUGCACUGGAUCUAAUGGAAAACAAGACUUUCUUGGAGAAGCUUAAGUUCGGCAUCGGUGACGGAAAUCUACAGUAUUAUCUGUACAAUUGGAGGUGUCCCAGCAUGGGCUCAGAAAAGGUGGGGUUGGUUCUGCAGUGACAUCCCUUUACGCCAUAAACCAAGUGUCAACAAACAGGCUAGGACAGCGCUCCAUCACACUGACCACCUGAUGAGAUGGACUGAUGACCUCCUGCUUCAGGAGAGGAAAUAAAAUCCCACCGCCCAUUUUUACUUUUUUGACCUUCUGAACUUUGACCUGCACUACCGCUGCCAGGCGGGGAGGCCGGGAGAGUCUUCCUGCUCUUCUUUCCUCCUUCGAUCACAGGGACCUUAAGCCAUUGUAGUUUUCAUCCCAAACAACUUGUAAUUCAUCUGAGAGCUGUCUUGAUUGUACCAAACACGCCCACACAAGAGCAGUUUGCACAGAUUACUGUAUACCAAACACUCACAGUUGGCAUACCUGCAAAACGUACGAAUCAUGUAAAUAACAUCAAAAGUAACUGUGGAUUCUGCCCUAACACAUGCAGACUAAAACCUACUGUUUUAUUUUAUUGCUAAAUGUUGGAAGUGCUUUUUGCAAUUAAAAUAACCAUGUCAUCUUUCAGUUUUAGAGAUAAAUCAAAAUCAAAAUCAAAAAUAUUUUAAAGAAAAGGCUUGAGGAGUGGAGGUAAUAAAUACCAAAAGUGGACACCAGAUAAGGGCUUCUGUUAAGAUUUCUCUUGUCAUGCUUGAGCCUGUGUCUUUAUUUUCCUCAUCAGACCUGAUUUUCUGACCGUAGUUAUGGAGUUUGUUUCAGCACUGCUUGAAGAAGACAGUCAUGCCAAAGCUGUGCAUUUGUCUUCAGGAGUUUCUCUCAUCUGUACUAACUUUCAUGAUCCUCCACAGCUUACUGCACUAACUGAAGAAGCCCUGAAACACAGACUGAUGGAAAUGGAGCAGCUUAGUUACAGAAACAAAUAAUCAGUUUCAGUUUUUUUGGACAAGAUCAAACUAUCACACAGAGGUUGAAGGCUUUCUGGUGGGGUUUACUCCACGUGUUAAUCAGCAGGGAUCAGAUUUGUAAUGAAACCUCUUGAAUGAACUGUGCUGCAGUUUCAAUGUCCAACCUGAGGGACUUGGAGUAUGCAAGGACUUUGGUUGAAUCAAAUUGCCUUUGGGUACCUUAUAAGAACAAUUCAGCUCAUUGUGCAAAUCUUGCAUGAUGAAAUCACACAGGACGUCUUAAAAGUAGUCGUAGAUGUGAAAAACUAACUACCCGAGCAGGAGCAGCUGAAAGUUCUGGCAACUUGUUUACAUGCACAUAUCACAUACUGUGUUUAGAUCUUUGCUGUUUGAAGACAAGAUCACGGUUAGCUUUUGUCACACUUGAAUUAACAUCUGUGAUUUAAUGCUCUUUCAGGCUCUAUUAAGGAAGUGAAGACAAACAAUAGUAUUAAUCUACAUCACGAAAAUGAUCACUGCAGCUGGCUUUUCACUUUGAUGAAGCAUUUGGAGCUCUCCACUCGAUCAUGUAGAUGAAAUCAGAGACGAUCCAGGAUGGAUUUUGAAACUGGGCAAAUGAACAGCAGUCUGUAUUUCCAACACUUGUUGCAGAGUCUGAUGAUGAUGAUGAUGAUGACAGGAGAAAUCUCCCUCAAAGUGUUUCUUAUGUAAAAUGUUGGUUCUACUUGCAUACCAAUGUAAAGAAUCAUGGGUUUUGUGGUGUUAUGAUGCAGGAAAAAGACUUUCAAGAUGCAGGUGAUUUUUUUUGAGCAAAAAAUAAAACCUAGAAGUUGCUGUAAGAA